AUGGGUUCUUCUUUGUCUAGAACUCGAGGUGAUUCUGGGGUGGGAACUUCUGGUCAAAGAAUCCCCGAUUCCAACUGUGAUUGGGGAUCCAAGUGCAACUGUCCCAAUAACGAGCAUUCCUACUCCGCCGAAUAUAAAAACAAUCUGUAUUUGGCCCAAAAAGAAAAUACGAGUACUCGAAACUAUUUGGAAGAAUGGUUUCGGAUGAGGGAAGUGGAGCCAGGAGAGGAGGUUGAGUCAAAAUAUGACGAUCGGAAACCCACUCCCUCAGAUCUGCGUUUUUUCGGUGAAGGAGAUUCCGAUGAGGAACCAAGUGGGUCUGAUUCAUUUGAUCUGGUGUAUGUUGGAGAGUGUGAAAAUGAGAAUGGUGAUGCUGUUGGGUCUCCAGGACAACUUUCAUCUGGUUAUCCCUCCUCAAAGAAAGGAGAAAAGGGAAAAAAAUCGGCUUCAGCAUCUGAUGAUGCUUAGAUAAGUCUGUCUCCUUUCUCCCUUUUUUCAUUUUAUUGAAUGCUGGCUAGCUGUGGAGUCAUAAGGUGGAUGCCAACAACUGUGAUCUGUUGUUGGCCAGGGGUGUUGUUGUUUGGAUGAUGAUGUUGUGAUUAGUUGUAUGGAUGUUGAUGUUAGAUAUUUUAAGUUAUGAUAUUGAUAUUGAUAAUGAUGAUUGGAUGAUGGUGUUUCCAUAUGGUUAUGAAAUUUUGUGGAAUGUUGUCUGUGUGAUGAACAUGAUUUGAUGGCUUAAUGUCCCC